AUGGGAGAGGAUGGGGAUUGUGUCACUGAAUUGGCUGAGGUAUCUGCCGACAAUAAUGUGGCAGCGGAAGAUAAGAGUGAAGCCUUUAUAGAGAAGAAUGCUGAAAAGGAUGAGUUAAAGGAAGUAGAAGAAGAGAGCAAAGAGGCUGAUGAAAGGGAUAUUGAGAACAUGGAUAUAGACGAAGAAGAGGUAAAAGAAAGCAAAGGAGGAGAAGAGAAGGAAGAAACUAAGUUUGAAGUGAUGGAAGAAGAAACUGCUGAAAUACCAGAUAAUGACAAAGAGAUGGUUGAAGAUGUAGCCAACGUACAGAAAGAGAAAAUAGAAAGCACUGAAGAUCAUGCCAUUGAGAAAGGAUCAAAGGAGAGUGAUAAAUCUAAGAGUAGGGCUCAGAAGAAAGAUCGGAAGAGGAAAAGGAAAGUAGAGGACAAGAAGGAACUGAAGCCUAAAACACCUCUGGCUCCAACAAUUGUACGCCCUGUACGCCAACGCAAAUCUGUUGAAAGGCUGGUUGCAUCUAUUGAAGGAGAACUCACCAAGGAAAUCUAUAUUGAAAAGGGUCGUGGAACUGCACUGCAAGAUAUUCCGAAUGUGGCAUACAAAUUAUCCAAAAGGAAGACUGAUGACACUCUCAAAUUGCUACACAAUAUUCUCUUUGGACGACGAGGAAAGGCAGCUCAAUUCAAGAGUAAUAUUUCAUUGUUUUCCGGCCUUGUGUGGCAUGAAAAUGAGGAAAAACAAAAGAUGAAAGUAAAAGAAAAGCUUGACAAGUGUGUCAAAGAGAAGCUGUUGGAAUUAUGUGAUGUACUAGAUAUACCUGUUGACGAGGAUACAUCAAGAAAGGAAGAUUUAGAAUCACAGUUGAUGGAUUUUUUAGAUGCUCCUCAUCCUAUGACAUCUGAGUUACUUGCUGAAAAGGAACAGUCAAGUAAAGGAAAGAAGAAAAAGAGUCCUUCAUCAACAAUUGGUAGUUUGGAAGGUUCAACUAAGAGUCACAAGAAGAAGAAAGCGCAUGAACCAAAAGAUGACCAGGAGAGAUCAGAUGACGAGAUGUCAAAACAAACUAAAAGUGAGGAGAAAGACGGUAAAUCUGAAGAAGGAUCCGAGAAGGACAAGAAGAAGCAUAAGCGAAGUUCAAAUAAAUCAUCAAAGAAGGAAUCUACUGGAGAAGUUAAAACCAAGAAAACACCUUCAAAUUCAUCAAAAAGCUCAAAGAACAAUGAUAACAAUGAUGCAAAUCCAAAAGUGCAUUCAAAGAAGAAAACUACUGAAGUAGUUAAGGGAAAUCCAUCUACACCAAAGAAGCCUAGUUCAAGUGACAACACUGGGAAAAAAGUUCCGAAUGGAAAGGGCCAUAAGAAAGCAGAUAAAUUGAAGCCAAGUGAUGAUGAACUCAGAAGUGCGAUUUGUGAAGUUCUAAAAGAAGUUGACUUUAACACGGCCACCUUUACCGACAUUUUGCAAAUACUUGCCAAGCGGUAUGAUACAGAUCUUACACCCAGAAAGAUAUCUGUGAAGAAUAUGAUCCAGGAUGAGCUCACUAGGCUAGUCGAUGAGGCUGAUGAAGAGGACGAGGAAGAAAAUGCUGAAGAUGAAAAACAGCCUUCUGUCCAGGGUGUAGAGGCUUGAAAGCAUAGAACAUAC